AUGGUGCGAAUCACGCUGGAGCUUUUGCGGCGGCGCGCCGAACACAACGACGGCGCGCUGUUCACGCUCGAGGAAGUGGCGCUGCAUCAGCAAGGCAUAGAGCGGUUAGAGGUGCUUCAAGAAGCGUGUCCGAAGCUGAAAAUUGUGUUGCUCCACGAUAACUUGAUCCCAAAGAUAGAAAACGUGCGCAAACUCAAGGCGAUGGAGUACUUGAACCUGGCGAUGAAUAAUGUGACGACCAUAGAAAACUUGGAGAAAUGCGAGUCGCUGGUCAAGCUUGAUCUCACCAUGAAUUUCAUCACGCUCAAAGGGUUGCUGAAACUGGACCGACUCGCGGUCAACCAUAGUUUAAGGCAGCUGUUCUUGAUGGGGAAUCCGUGCGCGGAUUUCGAAGGAUAUCGCUCGUUUGUCAUCGGAACGUUGCCGCAGCUCACCCACGUCGAUGGCACGGACGUCACACACGUAGAGCGAAUAAUCGCAAGGCAGCACUUGCGGCGCAUCACUGAAGAUUUGGAGAAGGCCGCUGCCGCCGAGACGGCGACGACGGUCAGCGUGGACGAAAUCGCGUCAAUAGAACCCGACGCACGUCCGUGGUGCGCGGCGACUCGCAUUCUCGAUAAUGAAGUCAAAAUGACCACAUCGUCCUCAAUGAAACAGCCGCAAAAUCAUUUCGACGACGCCCGUGAUGCAUUCGAUGUACUUCCAGACGACAUCGCCGACGUCAAGCAGAAGAAUCAAGGCGAUUUCGAUUUCAAGCUCACCGAUUCUGAGGAUGAAACUUCGAUAGAACUCGAGAUUAAAGUCGGUACCAUCAUCGACACCUCACUCAUCCACGUCGAUAUUCAUCCAAAGUUGGUGCGCGUGAAAAUCAAAGGCGAGUUGUUGCAGCUGAAGCUCUCGCACGAAGUGGCCACAGACGCGAGCGUCGCCGAACGCUCAAAAGCGACGGGCAAGCUUCUGAUCACAAUGCCUAAACUAAACUGGCAUUUGAAACCUAAAUCAGUCGUAAGGGGAGACCCAAAAAUCCGAGAUCAUCACGCAAGAGUGACCUACCACCGCGCGGAGAACGACGAACCGCCCGAUGUGAUUUGCUAA